AUGAGAUAUGGAAUGGUGAAAGUGAUUGCUGUUCACAGGUGUGUACUGUGGCAUAUUCAGAUGCAUUGAAUGUAGUUCGCCGCUAAGGCAUCGAGCCAUACCCAGGGGAUGGGAGGAUCAGGUAAAGGAUAGGUCGCUGGUCAGGAACUACGAGAUGUAAAAAGCGCACAAUACAAGGAGCUGGGGUAAUACUGUCAAAAACAAAAACGAAUUGUCGAAAAGCCUGUGUAGCCGGCGGGAUCGUUAGCGCAAGCAAAGGUUUGGCAGAGGAGCUGCUGAGCCGUGCGGAGAAUUGGGAGCAGACGCGUUAACCGCUUUCGACGCUAGCUUCUCCAAAACUCUCACACGAUCAAAAACAAAUCCGCUCAGUGCAGGCUAGUUGUGGGGUAUCUCGCCCCAUGUAAUGGGAUUCCAGAUUACGGAAUCCGGAAAAUUUUUGCUUGUAGAAUCGGGAAUGCUGGGCUUUGGAAUCCGGAAUACAGCUCAAGGAAUCCGAAAUCCCACUAACGAUUGGAAUCCAAAAUCCGAGGUCCACUUAACGAUUCCAGAUUCUAGGUAGUCCACGGCGAAGAAAUUAAGAAUCCCAGACUGUCUUGGAUUCCCUUACAUGGGGCGAGGUAUCCAUUGUUGUGGAAAUCUUUCUCGUUUACUGCGGUUUGAGAUCGAAACAUAUAGUGUCUUUUGCAAGGUGUGAGAGGUGUUUUGUCUAGUUUUGCGAGGGGAAUCAUAUCCUGCGCGUAUAUUUUGUGGCAACCUUCCAAAGCCAGGGAAAAGCCCCCUGGAGACGAGGUUGGCCGUAGUAAUUAGGAAAAAAUCCGUUCCUUCACUGUUUCUUGUUGAACUCUUUAGUGAGGUCUGUGUGGUAAGAUUAAACUGGCCGGAGAAAUCUGAGUAAUACAGCAAAAUUGGCUACUGAGCAGGGGCACCCAACGUCAAUUUUUGGAAAAUAUCUGUUCGGAAGACGAUUUCAGAUCUAGAUUUUUCGGAACAUUUGUUCCAAAAUUUAUCCCUUGCCUGCCUCUCGUAGGAUUUUCGAAUAUCUAAAAAAUGGUAUAAUUGCCCAUUUUCAACGGAUUUUUACCCCAAAAAGGUCACCUAGAAUUUUCGGGAGCCUUUUUUCUGGCUGAAAUGUGCGAAAAGGUUUUGAUCCCUAUAAUUUUCGGAUCACUAGAUGAAAAAUUUUUAGGGGAUAAAAAUAUGCCUAUAUCUACCGUUUAAAUACUAAAAUACGUUCAACAAUGCUGUGUUUAAGUGGUUUUGAACUAUAUUCUCGUUGGGUGCCCCUGACUGAGGUAUGUUGCUUAUUGCUGCUCACUAAUAUUGAUUAACAAAAACAGAAGUCCAAAGUUUAAAGUCGAAGUGGGUUAUUGCGCUAAAUUGGAAGUCGGAAGUAAGAAAUCAGAUCAGAAGUGGAAGACGGAAAUCGGAAAUCAGAGGUAGUAUCUCUAGUCUCUCCACGGCUAAGUACGAUACUGGCGGUUAAACUAAUCCCCGACGAUUUUAGUUUUUGUUCGCACACUCGACUAUCUCUGUAAUAAGAAAAGUCUUAAUCAGGAAGGAAUGUGAACUCUGAACGGACUAGUCACAUCCGUUCACAAUAAGAAUUUUUUAACAAACAAGGGCAAAAAAGCCUGUCCUGCGUGGGCAUAAAUAUAGACAUUCGUACAGAGAGAAAUACUGUAAUGAACAUGAUGGACGGACAGCCGUAGGAAAUCCAGCCGCGCUAAGAGGCCCUCUUUGUCAGAAAAAUAAAAUAAAUUCGCAGCAGGAAUUCGAUCGAACGCAAGGCAUGAGAUCAGGAACCGCUCCUGGCCUGAUGCUAUUAAAAGAUUUAUGAGUCGCCUGCGCUCGCAUUGCUGUUACGCGAUGAAAUGAAUUCAGAAUUCCUAAAAGGUCGUAUAAGAUUUUUUAUCUAACAAAUGGUCGUAAUAAGAUUUUUAUCUAACAAAUGCUAACAUAACUCCAAUGCUCCCCGCUUUACUGGAUAUACGAUAUGUAUGUCUAUAGAUGGUUUUCCCGUCAUCCCAAAAUAGCGAGGUUUUACGGGUUGAAGAUAAACAAAAAGCCUCUUUGAGGCCAUUCCCGAAACAUAAAAAUACAGCAAUUUGAACUUCCCCCCCCAUCAAAAUAGGAAUGCUGUCCCCUCUUUUUUCACUGGAUUUUAUAAGACAUGUUUAUACGCACGUACGGCUAGUUCUUGAGUGAAAGAAAAAGUAAACUCAGAUGUUUCAUGUCUUUUGGACCAAAGCUCCACCUCCACCUCUGCGUUUGGCUAGAGAAUGAUGAUUUUUAGGACAUAACGAGGACGGAUGUUGGUUUCCAAUUUAUUUUUUCAGUUCCACUGACCGUAUGGUGAUGAUUUGAGGACAUUGAGGAUCCUUCCACUGAGGAUAUCCUUGAUUUUUACAACACAAGUAGCCCAAGCGGCAAAUAUCACCAACCGGCCCUGCUGCAUAACCUUCGAAAUACAAAGGAUUGUAUGGGAAUUCGAAUUAGCACCCCCUCCCCCCACCCCAAAGCCUUGAGGCCGAAAACAUAACUCCAUAAUUCCCCCCAUAACUCCCCCCUUUACUGGAUAUACGAUAUGUACAUGUCUAUAUACACUACCUCCACCUCUGCUAUGGCUAGAGAAUGAUGAUUUGAGGACAUAACAAGGACGGAUGUUUUUGGCACAGUUCCACCGACCGUAUGGUGCUUGAGGAUCCUUGAGGAUAGAUUUUACAACACAAGUAGCCCAAGCGGCAAAUAUCACCAUCCGGCCCUGCUGCAUAACCGUUCGAAAUAUAAAGGAUUGUAUGGAGAAAAAACGAAUGUUUAUGCAAACCUAUAAAGGGAUUUCAUCAAUUAGUGGGUUACAGAAAAAAAUCGUUUUCCCCCCACAGCAUCCUUAUAGUUGGAAGGAUGACGCGACAGUGUCAAAGGUCAUAUUUCGAGUUUGGGGUACCUGUGGUUACAGCAAAGCAGCAAACAAGGAAAAUCUUUCAAUAAGCGGGCUACCUAGACCAGGUUUUAUGAACCCGCGAGACUGAACACCCCACCCAAACCCUUGUUUUCACUAAAACAGCUGAACGCAGUAAAGUGAGCCUUUUCGAUAUUUUACAUACAUUUCCCUUAAAUUCAAACAUUUGAGCGUUACACAGUUUGUUUGGGUUCCCUGUGGGAGGACCAGAUUUCGAUGACAGUCAAGGGAUGACGUCAGUACACUUCAAGGAGACAGGAGACGUUUAAAUAACUAUUGUUAACAUGAUAGAAAUUGUACAUUCUACGUAAAAACUGGUCGCAUAAUGGCCAAAAAGGCAUAUUGGAAAUUAUUGGCUAAGUUAGAUUUUAAUAAAUGCAUGAAUAAUUUCAACUGGAAUAAUUGACGUUGCUGUUCACAAAUUUUUCGAGGUGGGAGUUCUAUUCUCUUAUCAAUUGUGAAAAACUAAAUCUCAAGGACGUCGAUCCCUUUUUUCGAUUCCCCGCCCCUUCGCCGUUCUCCGAUUUUUUCUCUCCCGAAAAAAAAGAACGCCUGAUCGCAAGUUAGAUUCGAGUCAACAUUAAUGAGCGGCAUUCCGGUAACACUUGCAAGGCGACUUUGGUUCUCUGUGGAAAACUCACAGCCUGCAGUCAGUCCCAAUCAAUGCUGUCCGCCGCCAUUACCCCUUCUCGCUUCAUGACUAAGCCCAUAAAUUGGAUCAACGGCACCAGAGAGGCUUGGGUACGAGAUCAUGACAGAGCGCAUCCGGUCCGCUAUCCAAUGAUAUCAUUUCCUGUGUCAUAUUUCUGUCUUUCAGCAGCUAUUCAUGUUGCAAAUUUCGGUAUAAAGUCCUCAUUCAGAACAGCUCCAGUUACAUUGCUCAAGUUUUGGAGAAGGGAUCGUAGAGCCUGAACUCAAGAUGAAGUUUGCGGUAGCUUUUCUCCUUGUUUGUGUGGCUCUUCCACAUGGUAAGUACUAAAGAUCAUUUUUUAUCUAACUCCUUUGUUGUUGUUUUUUUUUUCUACGAUUAAACCAAGAUAAAAAGAGUAGAACUCAGGGUCGAUCAAGUUAAUGUCGACAGGAAACACGCGCGAUGCUUGUCCUCCUUGAGUUAUUAAAAUUUGUGAGGAGUUUGCAAAGUGAAAAGCACUUUUCCUCUUGCAUCUUUGCAUGAAAGCAGCAAUUUGGUUCAUCAGAAUUCACGGACUGAUGAUCCUGCCAGUUUUUUGAACGUAAAAUAUGUGAAUGCCCUUUGACGCAAUACGACCUGCGAGUUAAAUUAACAAAAGAUAAAUGCGUAAUAAAUUCACCACUACAUCACGAAAGUUUCUGAGCAUAUUGUUUGAGGCAAUUCCUGCAGAAAGCCCAGAAAAGUAAGUAAUAUCAGCUCGCGAUCGAAGUCAGCUCUGUAUCCCUAACAAUCAUGGCUCAAAACGAAAGCGGAAAAGGUUGCUUACGCUGAAAAUUCCAGCAGUACUUGAUGACAAAAUCCCCCGCAAAAUCCCUCUCCGCAGAUGAAAUUGCUCCGGUCGCCCCGCCAACUCACGAUCACGUUUUACUCUAUGGCCGGGUUUAUUAUAUGUAUCAAUAUACCCUUUUUCAAAAGCUCUUCAGUUUGCUAAGAAUUUUUCUUUUCUGACGGAACUCUAAGUUAAUUUUGCCGCUGUACUUCCCUCGCCCUCAGGGCAAUAACCGUCUCUCUCCUCUGACAGGCAACACAGGGAAAAAAAGCGAAUAAAAUCAAACUAAGCUCGACAGACUGCUUAUGUUUUUUGUUUAGUUUUGUUUUCCGUUUUUAUGCUUUCUGCCUCGUGACAGUCGAUGAGCAAAACUGACUAAAAAUGAAAGUUUUAAAAAAGAGAAAAAGCAGAACCUUGCCAAGUUGAAAUCUGAUCCCGGCAAAAGAAAAAAAGUACGCAAGAGAAUUAAUUCUCAAUACCUAAUACCCCCUAGAGUCCUCGGGUCGAAGUCCGAAGUCUAAAUUCUUUGUUUGGCUCAAAUCCCGAGACACAAACAUCCUUUUUGUCUAGACAAAACAGCCCUAUUUUUGCCUAGGUUAAGAAGGCACCCGCGAACGGUCAACUAUCUCUGGAGUAACGGUUAACACGAGAAAGAGCUUCUCUCGCCACACGAGCAUACGCGGGUGUGAGUCCAACGUGCUGCGCGCGAGAAUAUUACGCCGGGAAGCGCAGAAGACUGCAGUCUGCUGUGUGCAUGUUUCAGUGAGGGUGUGAAUUUCUGAUGUCUUAGGGAAUGAAAAUGUUGAAGUAGUUGUUCUUUUGUAGUUGUUAUUUUCCCUUGUUGUUUUCCUUCCUCCUAUUAAAGUGAAAGGGCGAAAGAAAAUUUUUCCCAAAGCCUAUCUUCGUUUAGGAGGCUUUUUAGGCUUCUUGCCCAGGGGAUUUUCCCUUUCUUUCUUAAGUUUGGCGCGUCCUCAAAGUUGUAGCCGAACUAAACUUGAGCCAAAAAACAUGCUGAAUUUCCCAGUCACACUUCCUUCGCGUGACAUCCCGCUGAUUGUCAACGCGGAUGGAGGGUAGAAGUGCGGGGAUAUGUAAAUCCAAGGGAAAGAGCAGUUCUGGAAAAUCCAGGUGGGAAAAAUAAUGCACUCUCACUUGUUAAGUAAAUACGUUCACAGGAAAUGACUACUCUGUAAAAAUAGUAUCAAAUGCUCUUUGACGUAAAAGAAAACUUUAAUCCAGUUUCGUGACUAGAACUACAUAUUUUUUUUUGCCGCCAGAAACAAAAACGAAAAUUGAUGCUAAUCAUAUAUCUGAAAUUGUUUAUUUUUGUUUCGUUGUUCUUAGUAUUCUUGCCAGAUACUUCCCGCAACGAUACUUAGUUAAAAAAAUGUUCGCUGAAAAAGAUCUCAUUACAUAAACACUUAACGCCUUUUCAAGGGUAUUUUAGCCCUACAUUCGACAUCCGGGAUAUGGUCCUGAAAGUCUGAUAAGUGCUAAUCCCGGAAUUUAAAGUUAAAUCCAUGAUUGUACUUGUUUUAAAGUAUCAUUUUGUGUUAUCAUAACUUGUUCUCGGCUUCCAGUGGAAACUUCGCAAUAUCAAAAGCUCGCAGCUAAAUAUAUUACCACAAGCGAAAAGAAUUAUGGGAACUGCCUUUACGCUGCACUUUCGGUUAGACGGGUGAUUGCGUCUUUUUUCGUGGAGAAAAGCAGAGAAUACCACAAGUCUUUAAAAACGUUUAGCACCGGUUCACUGCGAGAUUGGAUAGUUAUCGAGAAGAAAAACAAAAGACUAGACUAAACUGCAUGCAGUCCAUAAGAAAUCCUGAAAUAAUGUCAUUUAAAUGGAUAAGGUGGAAGUCAGGCAUGUUAAUCUUUGGCUCCUGUUGAUUGGUAUGUAAAGAAAAGAGACUAAAUAAAAGAACAUGAAGGUACAAAGGGCAUUUUUAAUACUUCCGAUUCUUUCGAAUCCUUUCCCGCUGUUAUUGCUGUUUUUUUCGAUGUCGUAUUCAAUAAUAAAACCUUGAAAAAAGGUUAAGAGCUUAAAAAUGCUUUUCAAACAAAACAAUUGAUCUCCAAACCUAUUAAAGGGGAGAUUCAUCAUCCUCCUUUAUUUACAUAGCUUUCUCGUUGAUUUAGAACCGUCUAAAAUGAUAUGUUUUAGAAGUGUUUUACACUUAUUGAUCGCAAGCACAUAUCUAAAGGUCAAAGUCCGAAUCGGUCAAAUCGAAUUCCGUUACCCACCUCUAAGAGAUUUGCUUUUUCUAAACAGCAAAACAACCCGUAUACAUACGUAGGUCAAGAAUGUAGGAAGCGGACUCCUCGAAAACCCAACCGAUUAACCGGCGUUUUGCAUGUAUAUUUUGUGCCGGGUACAUUAUCGCUCCUGGGGUAGGGAUACUCAUGUCGCACUUUAGGGGUAAAAACUGCCUACAUUUCCUGUGUACCUCCUCAGCGCUUCAUUCCCUGCUCGGCGUGACGAUUUUCAGCCCAUGUGAGGGAAUCUGGAUUCUCUGAAUCUAGGAAGUUUGGACAUGUGGAAUUCACUGACAAAGAAUCCGGGAUCCAAUAUCUUAAAAUGAAAGACUGUCCUUGAUUCCCUUGUAUGGGGCGACCAUUGACUGCGUUUCUUUUGAAGUCGGGGAUGUUUGUGGUUCUCUUAGCUGGGCGGCGAAAAAUAAAUUAGAUUGCAGUCAGUGUUACCUGUAUAUUUUCGUAUUCAGUUUUAUUCCAAUAAAAGACAGGGAAAUUUCGCUCUAAACGUUUUAGUGUCUCAUUUGGCGCGUUUGUUCGGUGUUGUCUUGAAUGAAAACCAGCCAGGUUAAGCUUAUUUGGUAAGAGGUUAAAGAUAGCUAAAGCAUAACCGGGGAGGUAAUUAACGAAGUUUUAUACGGGAAGGCUCCGCCUUGAGAUCCAACCCCUUACCCUUAUAAUAUAUACCAUUUUUGACAGAGCACUUCAACAGGGACCGCUUUCCUUUACCCAUAAUUGACAAAUGGUAUUCUCUUCACAUACCUACUUUACAACUUUGCAUUCCUUUUAACUGCUGUUAAUGUUCAAAUGUGUAAAUCCAGAAAAUAUCCAUUCCCCGCCUACGGAGAGAAACGGAAAUUCAAUGGGGGUGGGGGUGGUUUCUCGAGGUCUUUUCUCCGGGAAUUCCGAGUAAGAUUAAUAAAUUAUCAAAAACUAACAGCUGCUCUGUUGAGCAAGCUAUCAGUUAUUUUGCUGUUAACGGUCUUUUAAAACAAAAAUUAUUGUAUUCAUCGAUGAUCUUUAUUUACGGUCGGCUGAAUUUUUUUUCUUUUUUCACGGCUUACGCGAUAAAUAGUUGUCAUCUGCUCAUGAAUAAACGUCCGGGUUAUUAUCUACCACAACAUAUUGUGGUAUUCACCGCAGUGUGAUCGUGUUUUAAGCCUUCUUCUAACAUGUUUUUAAGUGAAAGGGAGAAAUUAAAGUCCACUCGAUGUUAAGUUUGAAUUUAAAUGGUUCUCAUUUGUGUCGUGUAAGGUAUCACGUCCAUGGUUCUCAUUGACGUACCGUUAAUCAUUAACUAACAAAGACCUGCACAAAGCAAAAUUGAGAUGAUUAGAAACGGUAUAUACAUGAAUAAAAGGAUUUUUCUCUCCUUGUCGCAGAAACGAUUAACUUUCGCAUAAUAAUAGUAUAGUGCAACACUAUUUUAGUCGCAAAUCUCUUUUCCAAGGGGUGCCUACCCAAGUUGAAAAAUUAUGGAAAUUCCAGGGGUUGGGGGAGGGGGGGGGUGGGUCUUACAAGUACUCACUGGAAUGGAAAUUCCAAAAAGGUGGGGCGUCUAAGGCAAAAGUGUUCUCCGUGAGGGGUAUGGAUAUUUUGGGAACUACACAAUAUGAAUAAAUCACAAAACGUGAGCGUUUUCUCGACUUUUUCACCACCAUAUACUGCAUCUCUUAGCACUGUUAGGCCUCUUGCAAACCGAAAUGACAGAUUUCCCACCCCUUCCAUUUACUCCAAUUAGUGAAAUCUUAAUAAAGGUACGGCUCCUUUCGGGCACAGCCUCCCUGUAUAGGCCAUUAUAGGGAGUACCCCAGGGUAGUGGACCUGGUACUGAAGUGUUUUCAUUUUUUUUAAUGUUGCACCAACAGCCUUUGGAUUCUUUGAUGAGCUUCCAUCCUUCGAAGGCUUAAAAAAGGCUGGAAAUAGAGUCUUUGAGGAGGCAGGCCAACAUGUGGAAACGAUCAGAGACGAAGUACAGAGGCACGCACAAAAUGUUAAGAAAACCGUUCAAGAAAAGACAGAAUCUGCGAGAGAAACCAUCAAGCAGAGUCGAGAAUCCCUCGAGGAAGCCAUGGAAGAACCUACUAAAGCGUUAGAGGAAUCAAAAGAAAAGAUCUUGGAAAUGAUGCAAGAGAUGAAAAACAACACGCUUGGGGAAUCAGUAGAAGAGUUCGUGGAAAUGGUACGAGAGAUGACAAACAAAACGCUCGGGGAAUCACAAGAAAAAUUCGCGGAAAUGGUGCAAGAGAUCAUGAGAAACAAAGCGUUCGUGGAAUCAAAAGAAAAGUUCAAGAAAAUGGUACGAGAGAUCAUGAAAAACAAAGCGGUCGUGGAAUCAAAAGAAAAGUUCAAGGAAAUGGUACGAGAGAUGAAAAAAAGCGGUUCGUGGGAAGAAGGAAAGAAUAAACUGAAGAAAAUUGUAAAUGAGGCUGGCGAACGAGGAGAGGAACUCAAGAAGAGGUUUGAAGAGAAAAGGAACAACUUGCGCGUGGUUGCAAUGGAGGUUAGUACUGUAGGCAAAAUACACGCUUUGUUGUUUCUAUUCGGAAAGUUAGACCCUUUUUAGUACAGGUUCAGUUGAAAAUGUAUGCCCUGUUCAAAAGGGCAGCAAGCCCUCCUUACCCCCUCCCCCCCCAAAAAAAACAAACUUUAAAUCAGCGAAAACAAUUCAAGUGGUUAGGAGUUUUGAGUUGCGUUUAAAAAUCCGUUAGCUUGCAAUCUAGUGGUUCGGUCGCUUUUUGGAACACAAGAGAAUAUGAGAGCGUCGCGCAGCAGUCCACCCUUCUCGCAUCUCUUGCCUGUAAAAAAAAGCUGUUCGCAGUCUACCGGACGCCUGGGCCUAACUUGGGCACUCGCCACUUUCGCGUCAUCCAUAAAACACCUUGUUUAACCCUCCAAAAUGAUGCAAAAGCAUUGUCUGUAAUUUUUCUUAGGUCGACUGUCAUAGAGAGAAGUGUGACGUCACGUUACCAUGGUAGCAAAAUUUCUGGUUCACAACAAUAGGGAUCGUAAGCAACGACGUAGGGACGGCAAAGAAAACUGGAAAAAAGCAAUAGGUUUAUAUCAGCAAAACAACAACUCUGCACGUGCAUCACGCUUGUUUUGUACGUUUCUUAGCCGUCGUUGCACGACUGCGAUGUGAAGCUUCCUAAUUUCACGCACCCACUUAACGAAGAAGGCGAACACAACGCAAAAAUUUUCUUUUUCUUUUUCUAAACUUAAAUACGGUCCUUUCGGAUUUCACCCCAGAAAAUUUCCCCAUCAUUUGACAAAUUAAAUGAAAGAGAGGGAAUUCGCAGUUUGAGUGAUGUUUUCCUGCGGCUUGUUGUCAUCCAGAAACUUUGCUACCGUGACAACGUGACGUAACGACUUCUCCUCUCUAUACCGAGGAGAGAUUGGAAGCGGUAGGUAUGCAAAUAUUGGAAGGGGGAAAGCAAAAUUUAUCAAUACAGAAGUUGCUAAUUCUACAGUAAGCACAGAACCAUGUCCCUUCCUAGUCUUUUGAGGGUUGCGUGACAAGACAAAUACGGCUGCGAGGGAGGGAGAUCAAUCCCUUCUCCCAAUUCCCCAAAUAGAAAGCAGCAUAUAGUUCGCAAGGAGAGCUUCUUAAUCUGUUCCAGGUUUUUAUGUUGCUUGACUGCACCAACAUCCAGGAUAUUUGAUAAUUGUUUUUUCUAUGUUCAUUAACUUCAGUUACCCCUACCCCCACGUGCUUGCAGGAUUCUUUUCUGUGCAUUGUCAAAUCAAAAAACCAAAAACUUAGGAAGCGCGCCCUCUUUUGAGCGCCGUCCUUUGUCUUCCGGCGCUAAUUCGAGGAAAUUUUCCUGACAAAGAGCGCCAUUUUUAAUUUUUUCCAGCGAUGGCAGAAAGUGAAAGAAUUUUACGGAGAGCGUCUGGAAGAAGUUAAACAGACUAUCACGAGCUUAGAGGAACAACUUGAACAACAGAUGCCCGACAGACCCUUUGAGGAGUUGAAAUCCUUUAACACGAAAAUAAAAGAUCUUUGCAAGUAAGCAACAGUAUAGAUACGAGGAAAGACGGCAGAGGGGCUCGCAAAUUGCUCUCUUUUUCCCCUCUCUUUUCUGGCCUCGCGUUCAGUACGGAAAGCGAGGGGCAUCACCCCUACCCCUAUCCCCUUGCACUUGCUUUUGCGCGUUUCGCCCCGUGGUUGAAGUGUACCUGUACAUCUUUCAAAUUCUUACGAAAAAAUCUACCCACAAGUCAAAAUUUGACUAAACUAUGGUUUCGUACGUCGAAGCUUCCUCAUAAAACUGCUUUUUGUUGUCCCCAUGUUCUUUCCGUAGUCAAAAAUUUCGAGGAUUUAAUAGUGAGCAUACGCAAGAGGGCGGCAGAAAGAAAAAGACGGCGAAACGUUUGUGAGCAACAAACUUGAUAGGGCUAUUACUUGCGUACUUUGUCGUCGUAUUUUUCACCUAUACCAUAACUUUGAUCUGGUCUUUAACAAAAGGUGAAGGUGAAGUUUGGCGGAAAAUUUGUUCAAACAUAACUAAUAUCACGGAUGUCAAACUAGGUUUGCCGUCUGUUUAGUCUUUCCCUCCCGCCUUGUUGCGUAACUUCACUAAUCAGUUCCAAAUCAAAAGGUUCGAAUUUUUAAUCCACAGAAAGUUAAACUACUGAAAAUACAUUUUUUUUCACGUUUGACACAGUCCAUCCUCUAAACUUGGCUAGCUUCUUUCAGCAAAUAGCCGGCUGAAGCUUGAAAUUUACAUUAACAUUUUUUGUACAAUUUUUGUCUUUUAACAGAGGUUUUAAACAAAUGCUCAAGGUAAAAGUAAACCAACUCAAAGAGAAAUUAGAACUGGAGCCUACUGAAGAGGAAGAGGAAGAGGAAGAAUCCGAAACAACGACCCCGACCACUGGCACCGAGGUGGACCCAGAAAUCCCCGAAGAAGUUAAGCCAACUUCCGAGUCCUCCAGUUCCGAAGGGGUUAUGGGAGAAGAAGAGGUUGAAGAACCUGAAAGAAGACAAGUUUCCGAGAAAAAGUUAGGCGCAAGUUUGGGAGGUUGUCGAGACUCUUCAAGUUAA